AUCUUUAAUUUGGUCAAAGAUUACAAAAAGUUUGCAUAUUUUAAUACGGGAUGAUUCAUAGCUCAGCAUCCCUGUUUCAUUUAGCAAUAGCAACAGCUGUUUCAUUGGCUUUAUUUGCAAUAUAUAAGUUCCUGGCCAAGGGAUCAAGGUUAAUAAGAAUUCUUUCUUUGACACUAUGUCUUAUGGUUGUAAACUUCUUGAUAGCAUUAAAUAAUUCCUAUGUCGAACCCAGUCAGUUACAGCCACCAUUGCUUAAUUCCGCCGUCAGUGAUUCAUUAUAUGACUUGAACUAUAAACCGUUUAAAGUACCUGCAUAUUCUUUUAUUGAAACACAUAAAGAACUCCAAAACGAUUUCAAGUGCUCACAAGUUCAAUUUGAAGAUAAUUCAAAUGUUCAAGCUUCGCAAUUAUUUGAAUUAAAUCAACCAGAAGAUUUAAAACGGAUAAGAAAACAGGUCAAGCAAUUACUGAAAACCCGACUGAUUUAUAACUUGUGUUUCCAAGAUAACGACUUGUCGGAGAGUGAAGUUCUUGAAACAAAAUGGUUUAAAUUCUGUGGUAGUUCAGUAUGGUUGGACAAGUACAAGGUUCAUUUCAUGGUCAAUAGAGUUGUGUAUACAGUUGCGGCCCGUAGAAAUAGCCCGACAGUAUCCAUGCUUGCAGGACAAGUAUUUGACAGUGAUUGGAAUGAAAUUAUGGAUUUCAGGUUCCCAAAUUCCAAUUUAACCUUCCCUACUAUAUUGCCACAUUAUAUUGACCCUGGUAAACGAGACAUCAAGAAUGUUUUAGGUGCUGAAGAUCCAAGAAUUAUAUUGCACGAAUUUACCAAUAACCAAGGAGAACUGGAUCAAGAACCGAUAAUUGUUUUCAAUUCAAGAAGAUCUAACAUCAGAUGGAAUAGAGCUAUGCAUAUAUAUCGUCCAUUACACGAUUCCUAUAAUAUUGUUAUGUUGAAUAUCAAAGGUAAAAAGAGAAGUUUUAGAGAAAAGAACUGGGCUCCAUUUAUGGAUUCAGUUAACGAAAAUAAAAUAAAUUUUGUAUACAACUUCAAUCCGUUGAGAAUUAUUCAGUGUGAUAUUACUUCUGGACAAUGUGAAAAGGUAAGUGGACCAGAUUUUAAUAAAAAUGCCAAUGACAAUGCCGGUAAAUUAAGAGGGGGUACAAAUAUUGUUAAAAUCCCCCCACAUUUCCUUCCAGAGAAGUUACAACUGAGAUACUAUUGGUUCGGAAUAGCAAGAUCUCAUAUCGAAGGUUGUGGAUGUUUACACGAAGUAUAUCGUCCGCAUGCAUUUAUAAUAUCUCGUCCCAAGGAAGGACUUAAUUUCACCUUGGACUAUGUAAGCUCAUUGAUUGAUUUUAAUAUUAAUCCUGAACCAUGGCAUGAGCAGGAAGGUAGAUGUUCAGAUGGGAAAUCAGUAUUGAUUCCUAAUUCGAUUGCUUAUUGGGAUAUAGACAGUGUCACCAAUAGUAACUCAAUACCUACUGAUUACAUGGGUAUAACUUUCAGUGAGGCCGACAAGACGAAUCGAAUAGUUCAUGUAAAAGGUUGGUUGAGCCAUAUUUUAAAGACUUUGGACGUUGAUAAACACCAGUUGCUUCAUCACUAUGCUGAUGAGAAACAUAUUUAUUACGAGAAUCAAUUGCUAGGUGAAUGUGCUACUUAUUUAGCUCAAGAAUACUGUCAAUAUUCCGAGAAGAAUAUGAAGUGGGAUUAAUAAGAAAUUACAUCAUAGAGAGUAAGCCUAGAUAUUUAAUAAAUGCAUUAUUAUUUCU